CAUUAUAUAACACAGAGGAGGUCAGUUUGUAUCUCGGUGUCUUAUAUUUGAUAAGGAAUCUAUCAACGACAGAAUGAAGACCAUUUUCUUUUCCGAUUUAAUAAUAUGUAGCGUACUAUUAUUCUGUAUUUUACAGUCAGUUAACACAGCUGUGACAACUAGAACACCAACUACUCCAAAACCUACCAGGGAGCCAGAUGUAAACCAUGCGAUGUUCUUUCACUACAACCCAAGGUCAAUAGAGCCUAUGCUGAUAAUACAGUUUGACGCACAUUACACUAAAGAUUGUUAUGUUAUGCCGCUAAGUCAUGAUGAUAUACAAACUAUACAGGAUCGCAUCGGAUUGCAUCACAUGGAGGAAUUUAUGAUGCAACAAAUGGCCAAGAAACAAUUUAUAUUGUGGACUCAUGACGAUUUUGAAGUGAGGGACGCUCGAUGGGAACAUUCAUGUCAUCAAGGAAACAUUUACAGAGUAUACAGAGUAUAGCUAGGAAAAGAUGUAUCACUUAUGAUUAUUUCAUACGAAAUAAAAUAACGAAAUAAAAACU